AUGAUGAGCCGCUCACCGGCGUCUUCAGGUCUCUUACCUAUGCCUGGCUCCCCUUCGUCGUCUUGGGCCCUUUACCGGGCUCGAAUCGCAUCCAUCUUUCGAAAUACUGACACGUCUAUAUUGGUUGCAUUUUGGCUCUUUGGUUUAAUCAACAAUGUCCUCUAUGUAAUUAUCCUCUCUGCAGCUCUGGACCUGGUUGGAUCCGACGUACCCAAGGGGGUUGUCCUACUCGCCGAUGUUCUUCCCUCAUUUCUAACCAAAUUGAUUGCGCCCUACUUCAUUCAUAAAGUUCCAUAUUGGCUGCGGAUAAUCUUCUUCGUCGCUAGUUCGUCUCUCGGCAUGUUCAUGAUCGCUCUUACACCGUCAGAUAAAUCUGUCGGCGUCAAGAUGGCUGGCGUAAUAUUCGCGAGCUUAUCAAGCGGCGCAGGGGAGCUGAGUUUCCUUGGCCUAACUCAUUAUUACGGACAUAUGAGUUUGGCCGCUUGGGGGAGUGGUACUGGUGCAGCUGGUCUCGUUGGCGCGGGAUUGUACGUCAUGUUCACUGUCUGGAUCGGUUUCUCCGUCAGGGAUACUCUACUAGCUUCGGCCUUUUUACCCGUCAUCAUGUUUAUCAGCUUUUUCCUGAUAUUGCCUAGAGAGCCGCUCCGUCAAAGCAAACGAGUGAAGGGUUAUCAGACGGUCCCGGAUCAGGAUACGAGGCAAGAUGAUGUUGAAGAUGACUUGCCAGCGGUCAAUGCCACCUCCAGUCUUCUCACUCCCGAGCGGUCGCCUAUAUCUACAAGACUUCCAGUGGACAGAAUGGAUUCUCUAUCGAGGCUAAAAUCUAAUAUCCAGCGGGCCAAAUCCUUAUUUUUCCCAUACAUGCUACCGCUAUUGUUGGUGUAUGUUGCUGAAUACACUAUAAACCAGGGCGUCUCUCCAACCUUAUUGUUCCCCAUAGAGUCAACCCCCUUUAAGGAGUACCGAGACUUUUAUCCCAUGUACGGGUUCUUGUACCAGCUCGGCGUUUUCAUUUCCCGCUCAUCAAUCGCGUUCAUCCGCAUCAAGCACCUAUAUAUCCCUUCUUUUCUUCAGAUAGGCAACCUAGUGCUCUUAACUCUCCAUGCGCUACUACCUUUUCUCCCAAACGCCUAUGUUGUUUUCGUUGUUAUAUUCUGGGAAGGCCUGCUGGGUGGGGCGGUAUAUGUUAAUACGUUUGCUGAAAUCAUGCAAAAUGUCCCGACUUCUGAGCGGGAGUUUAGUCUUGGGGCAACUAGCGUUAGCGAUAGCGCAGGCAUAUGCAUCGCUGGAUUUGUCAGUAUGGCUAUAGAGGUGUGGCUUUGUGACUGGCAGGUUCAACAUGGAAGAGAUUGGUGUAAGAAAAUUCAAGUUGGUUAG